AUGGCGUCCAGUCCGGCUCCUGCCCAGAGAAUGGAACUCAAAUUCACUAUUGUAACGGGAGCUGAGAGGACCACUGAAACUCAAAAGUCUCCCACCUCAGCACACCUCAGGCUCAACUCAGCUCGGCUCAACUCACUCUCCACCGGUUCCUUCCUUUCACACGCCAAGUCCCUCCAGGCUCGCCCGCGAGAACAAUUCCCCUCUUCCGUUGAACCUGAAAUUGAAACAGAAGACAUCAAGCAUCACAUCUGCACGCGGCGUCGGCUCCGCGACACCUACCUACGAAGCAGCAUGGCCUCGUCACGAGACAAGGACGAGGUCGCGUCCUCGCUCUCCAAGCUCAACAUCGAUAUAGAAGCCACCAAGAAGAUGCCCGCCGCGUCCAAACGGAAACCCCAGGUGGCCGACUCAUGGGAAGAUGACGAAGACGACGAUGACGAUGACGACUCGCCUCCGGGAGCUACAGCCACCGCCUCCUACACCACAGCCGGCGACCUCAACGACGAGCCGGAGACGCCUUUGACAUCCCGCGCCCGCGUCCCCUCCCCGCCGCCGCCCACCCCCAUGGACCCGCGGCACGCCCCCGUCCCUGAAUGGGACGCAUCCUUCCGCGGCGCCGACUGGCCCUCCCCGUCGUCCUCCUCCUCCUCGGCGGCGAGGGACCUGCCCCCGUCGCGCCGCCCUGAAAAGACGGACGCCGUAGCCCGCCGCAUGAUCGCCGCGGGGCUGGGCCUCAAGGCGCCCCGGCAAACGGAGGAGCAGAAGGCGUACCAGCGGUCCGUCCGGGAGCAGGAGCGCAAGCGGCGCGAGCAGGACAAGGAGCAGGAGCGGCGCCGGCAGGAGGACACGGAAAGGGCCAAGGCCGCCGUCUGGGACGACUGA